GAGGAGCAGAGAGAGAGGCUGAGAGAAAAGAGGGAGGGAGUGCAGAGGGUUACCUCAUCCAGAGCUGCUAGUGCACACGGUGCAGGAGGAGAAGUUGUGGGAAAGUAAACAGCUCAGGAGAAUUCCAAUCUGUUUCAGCCACUUGCAGCCCUUGCAGGAGACUAUAAAGAUGAGCGAGCUGGAGCCGGCUGCGUGGUAAAAACUGAGAGUUUAUGGGAGGAUUAAAGGGUCACCAGGGAGUGCCUGAAGCUUCUCGGAGGACACACUACUGAGGACAAGGAGGGAUUAUGUCUACUGUGAUGUCUCAGCAACCACCAAAGGAGGACGAGGAGGAGGAAGACGAGGAGCAAGGGGAAGCGUUUUCAUUUGGUGACACUACAGAUGAGGAGAAAAACCAGGAGGAGAGUAAAGGGAUCAGUUCUGACACUGCAGAAUCUGCCUCCUCUUCGAAUAAGAAGACAGCAGACAGUUUAUCACAAACAGGCACAGACAGAACACAUCUCAAAACAUCGCCCCCUACUGGACGGGAGGGGAAUCAAAACAAGGAUGCAGCUGCUAAUUCCACUGGAGAUGUUCCAGCCAGUGAGUCACCCUGCUGGGCCUCAGCAGCCGGAGCAGCCGAGUCCACCAGCACCACGGCUCCUUGUGAGGGAGGAGAGGAGCUCCGGGCCAUUCCUGCGGAGACUGCGGCUGAUUCAGGAGAGCGCGGCAAAGAAAUCCUCAAGGAAAGCUCCGGCUCAAGGGAUAUCGCUGAAGCUGAAGCCGAGCCACAGACGUUGGAGGCUUUGGAGGUGAUCUAUGACGACGUUCCAAGCGAGGACCCUCUCUCUCCUGACGACGAUAUGAUCUAUGAGGACGUUCAGCGAGAUAGUGGUCCUGUGGAUGCAAACAAUGGAUGGAGCUCCAGUGAGUUUGAAAGCUAUGACGAGCAAUCUGAUAACGAAGCCAAACAACCAACAAAGAGCAAGCUCACCCCUGAAGUGCGUCGGCUGAGGGAUCGAUGCGCCAAGACCAAACGUGAACUGGCCAUGAGGCUGUCUGGCAAGAACAACUAUGAUGUCAAGGUCCAGCAGCUCAUGAAGGCGGCGAGGAGCGGGACGAAGGAUGGGCUCGAAAAGACCAAAAUAGCUGUCAUGCGCAAAGUUUCCUUCCUGCAGAGAAAAGACCAACUGGAAGAGGAAGACGAUGCCGGGUACCUGGAUGUGGCUGUGUCAGAAGAGAAGCAUCCUCCCCCACAGCUGAGCCCCAUGCCGGAGGGGCUGACCAGCCACCAGGUUGUCAGACGCCAUAUCCUGGGCUCCAUCAUUCAGAGCGAGCGGAGCUACCUGGAGUCUCUGAGGAGAAUAAUGCAGGAAUACCACAGGCCGUUGAUGGAAGCUGAUCCACGCAUCCUGAGUCCGAGGAAGAUCCGGCCCAUAUUUUACCGGAUCAGGGAGAUCACACAGUGUCACUCCAUGUUCCAGAUCGCACUGGCGUCACGUGUGGCUGAAUGGGACAGCUGCGAGAAGAUCGGGGACCUAUUUGUUGCCUCGUUCUCCAAGUCCAUGGUGCUGGAUGUUUACAGCGAGUACGUGAACAACUUCACUAAUGCCAUGGCUCUCAUCAAAAAGGCGUGCAUGUCCAAACCGGCGUUUCUGGAAUUCUUGAAGAAGAAGCAGGCCUCCAGUCCUGACCGGAUCACCCUGUACGGCCUCAUGGUUAAGCCGAUUCAACGCUUCCCUCAGUUCAUCUUACUCCUGCAGGACAUGCUUAAGAACACACCGAAGGGCCACGUGGACCGUCUGCCCCUGCAGCUCGCUCUGACAGAGCUGGAGAUGCUGGCCGAGAAGCUGAAUGAACAGAAACGAGUGGCUGACCAGAUUGCAGAGACUCAGCAACUAGCCCGCAGCGUCAGUGAUCGCCUGCUUAGUAAGCAACUCAACUCGGAGCAGGGGUCGUUGGUCCUGUGCGAGACGCUCACCGAGACCGUGUACGGCGAGCGGGGACAAGUCCUAAAGUCGAAGGAUAGAAAGGUCUUCCUCUUUGAUGAUGUGCUGAUCUGUGCCAACAUAAAUGUCAAGGGCCCUCCAGAUAUCAGCAGUCUGGUCCCUAUUGGGCCCAAGUACACCAUGAAGUGGAGUGCCCCCCUGCAGCAGGUGCAGGUAGUGGAGGUGGGGCAGGAGCCAUCUCAAAGCAAAGACACCUUCUUCCCACAGAGCGGAGCCAGGCGGCCCAGCAGCUCAUGCAUCCCAGGUAAAGCCAUCCUGGGUCCUCCGCGGCUCUACCAGGAGCUCCAGGAGCUGCAACAUGACCUUUCUGUCGUGGAGGAGGUCACUCUGCUUGUGGGCACGCUGCAGGGGAUGUACCAGAACCUGAACACCACUGUGGCCCAGGACUGGUGUCUGGCUCUGCAGAGGCUUAUUCGCAUCAAAGAAGAACAGAUCCAGAGUGCUAACAAAUGUCGCUUACGCCUGCAGGUGCCUGGCAGGCCAGACAAGUCGGGACGUCCUGUCAGCUUCAUGGUGGUCCUCAACACUCCUAGCCCCCUCAGCAAGAUCUCCUGGGUCAACCGUCUGCACUUGGCCAAGAUUGCACAACGAGAGGAGAAUUCACCGGGGUGGCUGUGUGGGGAGGACGAAGGGAAGACGAUGGCUCCAUUUUGCUGUCCUCUGCUGUCCUCUCACAUGCCUGUCUUUGCGACCAAGUCAUCAGAAAGAAAGCUUGAGGCUGCCCUCCACAAUCCUGUUCACUGUGCAUUGUUGGGCUUCUCUGCAGCGAGCACCUCUUUACCUCAAGGCUACCUCUGGGUGGCGGGCGGCGGCGGAGAAGGCUCUCAGGGGCAGAUAGAGAUAUUCUCCCUCAACAGGCCCAUGCCAAGAGCCGUGAAGAGCCUGCAGGUCGGCUCUGGUGUCAGAUGUCUGGAGUAUGUGCCAGAACCUACUCCGAGCGAGGAAGAAGAGGCAGGUGUUCACAAGGCCUCAUCAGGGAUCAGCGCCAAUAUCUCUGUGGGAUUAGACGAUGGACGCAUACUGGUGUACGGCAGUGUGGACACCGCAGCUCAGUGCCUGUUGACCCUCCACAACCCAGAGGGCUGCCCUGUGCUGUGCCUGAAGCACUCCGCUCGCUUCCUGUUCGCCGGUCUGCGGAAUGGGACCGUGAUGGUUUAUGGAAGGAGUAACAACGACGACCUUUGGGACCCUGACUCUGCCAGAUGUGUGAGCCUGGGCUCAGAACCAGUGCGGACACUGCUGGUGUUAGAUGACUCAGUGUGGGCGAGCUGCGGGAACUCUGUCACAGUCCUGGACAUCUCCAGCCUCGCCACCCAGAAGUUUGAAGUCCAUCCAGACCCGAUGGUCAGCGUGGCGCACAUGGCCUGUGCAGGUGGAGGGGUGUGGAUGGCGUUCUCUGAAGGCUCCUCCAUCCGUCUCUUUCACACUGAAACACUGGAGCUCCUGCAGGAAAUCAACAUCUCAACACGCUCCACGCUGCUAAACACAGGUCAGAAGAGCAUCCGAGUGACGAGUCUCCUUAUCUGCCAGGGGCUGCUGUGGGUGGGCACCGCCCAGGGUUUAAUCAUCACCCUUCCAGUUCCCAAACUGGAGGGCAUCCCCAAAAUAACAGGAAAGGGAAUGGUCUCUCUGAACGCUCACUGUGGGCCUGUUGACUUCCUGGUAGCCACCACCAGCUCUCUGUCCCCUGACCUCCUGAAGAGGGACUCUGUUGGGGACGCCCCAGACUCUGCUUGUGGAGGUGAGGACCGAAGCGACACCUCCUCCCAGGAAUCCCUGCAGCAGUCCGGCUCCUACCAGGGCGGCGAGGGGAGAGGCAAGGGCCGCGGCGUUCUGCUGCAGUAUAAGCUGCGCUCCACGUCAGGACUGCCAGGACGGCCUUUAACGGCGCUGGGCGACGAGGCCUCGGACUCCUCCCUGGAGUCCUUGGAGCACAGCGUGGAGGACGGAUCCAUCUACGAGCUAAGCGACGACCCUGAGAUGUGGGUGCGAGGGCGUCCUUGUGAGAGGGAUGGGGGACGCAGGGACAGGGUGAUCUCUGCGGCAGUUAUCUCUGGAGGAAAGGGCUUCCGCAGAUUGAAGGAGGGAGCAGCCGCGGGUAUUCGGACAAGCUGGGAGGGUUUAGAGAAUAUUCUCAUGGUAUGGCAGCUCCCACUGACGGUGUGAUAUACGGCAAGGUGAUGUGUAUUUAUAGAUGUCUGGCCGGCUUAGCCUUGAAUCACUUGUUCCAUAAAUUCAAGGGAUUUGAAUUCAUGAUGAGAAGGUGUUGUCGCAGUCACAGGGCUCGACAUGCAAUGAUUUAGCCUGUGGAUGAAAAGAAGCUGAGACUUUGUGUUUACUGCAGGUACUGUAGGCCUAUAGGACACGUUGAAUGUUCAGGAUCAUAUGUCAUCAUCUCUCCAGCAGCAGAGGCCGACUCCUUGUGAUUGUUUUGAUCUGGUUCCUCUUCCUGCCUCAGCUAAGAUUGAUAUGCCUCAAUUUAACCUCAUCAUGGCUGCGAUAAUGUGGUCUGCCACAUUAAUUUUAUGCGACGGACUUGUGUGCGAGCAGCCAUGACAGCUCGGCUUUGAGAGGCAGCCUUUUGUUGAAUGUGCCAUGCUCUGCAGAGUUAGAGAUGGACAUCUUUUAUCUGAUCCGGAGGGAGAGAUCCCAUCUGUGUGGAGCUGAAAGCUGGGGACUUCCACUGCAUCACAAAGCACAUUAGCAUCACUUUAUUAGCUUUUGCCAGCCUGUCUCUCAUCCCAUACAAUGUGAAUGUACGAUACCUUCUAUUGUGUCUCAAAAUUGAAUCUGUGCUCUCUCUUUAAGAAGAAAGACUUUAAUUUUUCAUGUUUCGUCGGGGCGGCUGCAAAUAUGAUUUGCUGGUACGAAAAAUGAGUCGCUUCCCAGAUGCCUUUGUUUCGGAGGGUCAUGUAAGUACACCGUGGCUGCAAACUGCUAUAUUAACAAAUUGAUUUUAAAACAAAACUUAUGAGGGUCAAAGAUGUUAUUACCCCACGCUACAAAAUCCAUAUCUGUGCCGUGUAAAACCCUGUAAUUAUCACACAUAUAUUUGAGGAUAACAAAUCUCCUCUGUGCCAGAUCUCAGUAUUAUCUCGCCCUUGUACUGUAAAUGCCAGAUAUCUGUUUCAUUAUUCACUGUCAUCUCUCAGCGAGAUGAAACAAGAGUGUGUGUUUGUAUGUGUGCCGGGUUGUUAAUGCAGAACUCACAUUAGCUGGAAACCCUGGUUCCACAUCAAAAGCAGAGCUCCGUAAAUGGAUGAUGAAGCAGAAGCUGUGCAGCCGCCCAAACCGUGAUCAUCUGUGUGAGGAGACACCUGAGAGACAUACCGAGGAGCGGGUUAACAUUCGUGUUCAUUUGCAGUGAUGCACAACAAGUUUCUGACUCACGAUGGUGUUCUAUAACAAAUAACAUGAUUCUGACUUACUGUUAACACACACUGAUUCAAACCAGCAAGGGACGGGGAUCAAACCCGGCUCUCUUGGAACUCUGAAAUCUGUAACAUUUGAGCUUCUCCAUCUCGUUAUGCGUAAAGUUAAAUCUCAAGUGAAGUCAUGUCAUUCAGAUCAAAUCACAAAUGCACAAACAUUGACUGCCUAAUAAAGUUUUUUAAUUACGCUGAGCCAACGCGUUUUAAACGACACAACGAAGAAUUCUUGAUCAUGCAAAGGGAUCUAAACUUUGUCUCCAUUUUACUAAAGCUAGAUAAAGUAAGGAGGAUGCAAAAUGCAAUUUAUGUUGCAGAAUGAUUCCUUUCAAGGAGAGAACACAACUUCCAUGGCCGGGUACAUCAGCCUUGAGCUGCAAAUUAAACUAGCACCUUUGACUGUUUGCAGUCUGAGAACUCUGUCAGCUCCAGUUGCUGCUGUUGCUGGAAAUUCAUUCUCAACGCUGGCUGGGAAUAUUUGGAUAUAAAGGAUGAAAUGCUUCUACAAAGUUGGAGACAAAAUUACAUUAAAAAAAAAAAUAUAUAUAUAUAUAUAUUUUUUUUUAACAAUCUAGAAAAAUACAA